CCUGUUGAAUACACGGGACAGAGUUUCGUCCUUCUCCGUGAGGACCGCCAGCAACCGGGGCAGGAAAAGGAGACUCGGGGAGGGGGUUAAACACGAAGGUGGGGUGUCGGACAGGACAACAUAAGAGAGAGAGAGAGAGAGAGAGAGAGAGAGAGAGAGAGAGAGAGAGAGAGAGAGAGAGAGAGAGUCUUUAAGAAAGCGUGUUUGAGCUCUGGUUCUGCAGGUGUGAUAUAAAACGAGAGAGCUCGGGGAAACGUCGUGUCGUUGCGAGAAGAAUGGGCGAGACCAGGCUGCAGUGGUGCAAGGAGCAGGCGGACGAGGUGAAGGAGAUCAUGGUGGAGAAUUACAACAAGGCCGUGGAGCGAGAGGGCAAACUGGGAGAACUUGAACUGAGAUCCGAUGACCUGCUGAGGAAGAGUAAAACUUUCACCAAGUCAGCGGCGAAGGUCUCUCACCAGAGCCGCUGGGAGAAUAUCAAGAUGAAGGUUGUGAUCGGCGGGGUCUUGGCCCUGCUUGCCGUGGUCGUCUUCGCGGUCAUCAUCUGGUACAGCGUCCGCGGGGACUAGAAGCAGCUGACCCCAAGCGUGACCCCUGGGAACUGAAAAGCCCAAAGUGCAGCGGGACUGCAGACCCCACCCCAGUUUCCACCUGACGCGGGUCUGGGAACCGGAUUCAGAGCACGCUGGGGUCAGGCUGGUUCCUUUUCCACUGACAGACACGGACGCGGACAGACCUUCUUUCUGGCUGCUCUCGGCCCUCUGAGAAACACACUGCAGUCUGGAGGGUUUCUUUCCCUCCUGCUGUACUCCUUUUCCACUGGCUGUUUGUCGAGCUGAGUGAAACCAAACUGUGAAACUGUCGGCCUCACAACACACCUGAAUCUGGGGUGGGGCUGGGCCGCAGGCGGG